AUGGCAUAUGCGAAUGACAUAAGAAAAUUUUUCACUAAACACAUGGUUAAUGAGAAUCUGGGUACGAUCUGCAAUGUUCAUGUGGUUCACGCUGACCUCAGUGAAUAUGGAGCAUUGGAUGAGAAGUGCAUCAAAUUGGCAGAGCUUGUUGCCACAGCAGUUGAUUUCCCCAAAACUGGAAAGAUUGUCACCAUGCCAUUUGAACUCAAACCGAAAAUGUAUCCCUACUUUAUGGAGAAAGAGGAAUUUCAGUCGUACAAGUCAGAAAAAAUUUUGGGCAAGCUAUACCGCCAAGUCAUAGAUGCUAAUGACAAAGAAGUGGUAGAGCUAAAAUUUGUUCCUCAAGACAUUCUUUAUGAUGCAGACCUUCAUUUCCCCGGAUCCACAAAUUUCAUUACCGAUGCGUGGAGCCAUAAGUGCUCCUAUGGUGGGCAGCUAAAUGGACUUGUGGGACUGUAUAAAGUGCGCAGAGAGGAAGAGAUUUAUAGUAGCAACAAGCAAGGGCAGCUGAAAGAGAGACUCAAACAUGCUUACAGUGCCCUCAGGAAAGUUUUUGAGAAAAUGGACUCAGAUUUCGAUCAACUUUCUAAUGACGAGAAGCAUGCCAUUUAUGAACAAAAGGCAUCUGCAUGGUAUCAAUUGGGCCGGGCCGGGGAUGUGGAGACAGUAAUGUUGAGCUUUGCUUGGAUAGCAGUUGAUUACCUUGCUCGGAUCAAAAUUAGGUGUGGCGGAGAUGGAAAUGCUGACCUCACUAAGCCAAUCAAUGCUUUUGCGAGGUAUGUUGCUGAUCUGAUAAGACGGAGACGGAUAAUCAAAGUUGUUUGA